AUGAGAAAGAAAAAGAAAAAGGAAAUCAUUCAAUUAUUAAUUUCAUGUGAAAAUGAGAAAGAUAAAAAUCAAAUGGUGUCAGAAUUUAAAAGAAAAGGGUAUAAUACAAUUGACCCAAUAGUGAAUGAAAAUGUUAAAAUAAUAUAUGGUACUAGUGGUCAAGUUAAUAUUGAAGAUAUUUCAGGUUUACUCGAAUUUAAUGAUGAUAGUAAUAUAUUUGUAUUUGGUGUUUGUUAUACUAAAUUCUUUAUGGGUUUUCUCUUAAUCGAUGAAAAAGAGUAUAGAGGAAAUCUUAAAGAUUUAAUUGGUUCAAACCUAGUAUUUUGUCCAGAUCUGAAGUACUCUCUGUUAAUUUUGAUUUAA